AUGGUGCGGCUCAUUCACGACGCUGCUCACAGCCAGUUCAACUUCCUGCAGCAACCAGUCGACCAACUCGCUGCAACCUCUCCCCGCCACCACCACCACCACCGCCACUGCCACCACCAACCGCCCUCCCCUCGCCCCUCGCCUCCCCCCUUGACGUCCCCCGCCCUCCCUUCCACGUUUGCCCCCUGCCCUGCCCUCGCGCCCUCGUUCUCGCGUCCCGUCCCCGCUGCGCCCUCAUCCGCGUUCCCGGUGGCAUCCGCAGCAGCGCCAGAAGCCACAGCCAGAGCUGCGGCAGCGUCGUCUCCUUGCCAGCCCUCCCAGGCUUCGGUUCCGUCUGUCUGUGGGCGUGCCACUGCGCGGGAGGUGGGGGGCGCGGGGAGGAGAGGAGAGGAGACGAGGGAGGGAGAGACGGGAACAGGAGAGAGUAUGAGGGGUACUGUGGGUGGUGCGUGGGAAGUUAGCCCCGGGAUCUCUGGGCAAGCGGUGGUUAGUGGUGGAGGAGGGUGGGGAGGGAUAGGGGAGGACGAGAGAGUUGGGCCAGCAGUGGUGGUGGCAGCAGAGGAGAAUGGUGGCGUAGUUGGGGGGAAGGUACAAGGCCGCACGACUCAGCAGGGGGAGCAAGCAGUGGCAGGCGCAGCAGCAGCAGCAGCAGCAGAAUUGACAGGUACAGGCAAGGGAGAGGGCGUGCGUGCUGCAUAUGCCGUGUCUGAACCUUCUCCUCCUGCUGCUCCUGCUGCCACUGCUGCUCCCGCUGCUCCUUCUGCUCCCACUGCUGCGGCUGCUGCUGCUGCACGUGCUGCAAGCGCGUCUGCCACGCCUGCCCUUGUCGCUGCUCGCCCUGCUCCGAGUGGCCUGCCUGCCUCCACUGCAGCGCCUCUCCCGCGCAAGCGCUGUGCCACCUGGACGUUUGGCGAUGCCUAUGGGGCCAUGGGAGGAGGUGGCAUGGGGGGUGAGGUAGGGGGCGAGAUAGGGGGAGCUAUGUGGGGAGCUCUUGGCGGCCCCCUUGCUGCUGCUUUUGAUGCUGGUGAAAUGGAAUCUGGCUUCAUGGGGUCUGCUGCUGCUGCUGAUGCUGCUGGUGGCACUGGUGGUAAGAGUGCGGGAACGGAUGCAGGAAGAGGGGGAAGCUUGUGGGCGUCGCUUGAAGCGAUGCAGCAGGAACAGGAGCAGCACGCACAGCAGCGAGAGCAGCCUGAACGGGGCCACUUGCACGGACAACAGCAGCAACAGCAGCCGUUGCACCAGCCGUUGCAACAGCAGCCUCAGCAGCAGCAGCAGCAGCAGCAACAGCAGCAGCCUCAGCCUCAGCAGCAGCAGCGAAUGGCUGUGCGGCAAUCAGACGUGGAGAAGUGGCAGAGUCUGGUGGCACAGCUGCGCACAGACAGCAUCAGUAUCGCCCCUGUCUCCUCCACCAAGAGGGGCCGAUGGGGCAGUAAAAGCAGCGCUGCCAACCCCACCACCACUACCCCCCAGCCCCUCACUCACUGCACGCCUCACUCUGCGUCCGCUGCUCCUUCUGCUGAUCCUACCUCCCCCGCUUCCACCCUCCCUUCCCCUGCUGCUGCUCCUGCUCCCACUGGUACUGCGCUGCUGCACCCGCACGCGUCGCCCGAUGUUCUGUCUCCCCGCAUGCACCCCUCUCUGGCGUUCUUUCGCUGCAUCUCGGAUCCUCUACCGUCAGGUGCCGCACCAGCCAUCGGCUCAGGAGCAUUCCCAGUGCCACUUGCAUCAUCGGCAGCAGUAGGAGGACGAGCAGCAGCAGCAGCAGCAGCAGCAGCGGUGGGAGCGGCAGCAGGUGGGUUACCACCCCCAGCGCCGAACCCCUUUGCCCGCAGGCUAGCUCUGCUGCGGCAGCAGUUGGAGGGCUCCCAGCCCCCUGCACAAGCGCAGCAUGGCGCGGUGCUGUGGCAGCCGGGGCAGCAGAGGCUGCAGAGGCAGCAGGGUCAGCAGGGGCAGCAGGGGCAGCAGGGGCAGCAGGGGCAGCAGGGUCAGCAGGGGCAGCAGGGUCAGCAGGGUCAGCAGGGGCAGCAGGGGCAGCAGGGGCAGCAGGGGCAAGGAGCAGUUGAAGAGGGAUUGAGUGUGGUGCGAAGGCAGCUGCUGCUGUUGAGGGGCAUGCAGGCUGCGAGUGAAAGGCAAGGGCAAGGGCGUGCUGCUUCUGGUGGUGGCGGUGGCGGUGGCGGUGGCGGUGGUGCUUCCGGUGGCGGUGGCGGUGGUGGUGGUGGUGGUGCUGCUGCUGCUAGUGCUGGUGCGGCCCAAGCGGCGUUUUCUGUGCCUGGUGGGAAUACAACUGCUCCUGCUCCUACUGCCAGUGCUGGUGGCAGUGUGGGGGUGAGGAGGUCGUGGGGAGGCAUGAGAAAGGGAGGUGGUCGUAGCGUCUCUGCAGCGCGUAGCAUGCAAGGCAUGGGCAAUAGCGUGGGCAAUGGCAUGGGCACUAACACGGGAACAAGUAUAGACACUAGCAUGUGCAACAACGGCAUGGGCGCUAGCACAACAAGCAACGGCAUGGGUAGUUUGGGGGGAGCAACAGUGACCUCCAGUGGGUUCAGUGAGGGCGGCUCACAAUGCAUGGUAGAGCCUUUGAUUUCACGCACGCACUCUCUGCCUCCUGCCUGUGCGCCGGUACUGCCUGCACGCAUGGCUGCUCUCGCCCGCAAGUGGGGCCGCCGCCCUGACAGCGCUGUGGGCGUAAGGGUAGACUCGCUGGGUGCCUCUCCUGCUCCUGCUGCUGCUGCUGCUGCUGCUGCUGCUGCUGCUGCUGCUACCGCUGGUGGUAGUGGUGGUGGUGGUGGUGGUGGUGGUGGUGGUGGUGGUGGUGGUGGUGGUGGUGGUGGUGGUGGUGGUGUGGUGGUGGUGGUGGUGGUGGUGGUGGUGGUGGUGGUGGUGGUGGUGGUGGUGGUGGUGGUGGUGGUGGUGGUGGUGGUGGUGGUGGUGGUGGUGGUGGUGGUGGUGGUGGUGGUGGUGGUGGUGGUGGUGGUGGUGGUGGUGGUGGUGGUGGUGGUAGUUGCGGCGAGAGUGGAGCCUGUGGGCGCUUGCAGGAGGAAUAGCAUGGGGAGUGGUAUGGCCAGUGGCAUGGGCGGUGGCAUGGGCGGUGGCAUGGGGAGUGGCAUGGGGAGUGGCAUGGGGGGUGGCAUGGGGGGUUCAGUGGCUGUAGAGCCAGCCUGCAGCAGCAGGAGCUGGAGCCAGAGUUGUGGGCUGGGAGGCAUGCCGGCUGGAAUGGCCGCUAAAGGAGGGGCUGCUGCUGCUGUGGCUACAGCCAACGCUGCAGCAGAGGCAGGAGGAGGAGGACGAGGAGGAAGAGGGUUAGCUGCACCAGGUGGUGAUGGUAGUCUCAAAGCUGGGAGUUCCGGGAGCCUUGGCGUUGCAGGUGCGAGUAUGGGUGAGGGAGCAGCAGGUGCGGCAAGCUGCUGGAAGCAACUGGGUUACUCAACGCAGCAGCAGAGCUACUCCAUGCAGCUCUCUCCUCCCACCCCCUCUGCUUCUCGCGCGGACCCCUUGCCUCCCAACCCCCACUCUCUGCUGCCGCAGCUCCCCGCACGCCAUGCACACUGCACCAACCCCAGGUCGAUGGGUGCAGGAAGCGAGGGAAGACCGUGGAUGCAGAGCGGGGCGGGUGGUGGCAAGGGCAGCGUGUGGGGCGGGGGUGCGUGUGCUGUCUCUGGUGGUGGUGGUGGUGGCGGUGGUGGUGUGAGGGGUGACGGCCUUGGGUCCGCACACUUGACUGCCAGCAUGGGCGGAGGAGGAGCAGGAGGGGUUUCGGUCAGUAUGGGAGGAGGAGGUGGUGUUUCACCCAGCAUGGGAAGAGGAGGAGGAGGAGGUGUUUCAGUGAGUAAGGGCGGAUCGGUGGAGAUGGGAGGAUCAAUUGCAGCAAAUGGCUGGGCAGAUGAUGCUGCUUGUUCCUCUUUCCCCCCCUCGCUGCUCCUCCCACCAGAAUCCCAACCCGCCUCCGCUCCAGCUCCCAUUUCGCGCGCUCAUGCUGCAAAACGCCAGCUGCUUUUCCAGGCAUACAGACAGCAACAGCAGCAGCAGCAGCAGAAGCAGAGUGAAGGAGGAGAGGUGGGUGGAAUGCAGAGCGCAGGAGGAGCGGGAGGAGCAGCGGGAGAGGCAGGGGCAGCAACAGGGAGAAUGGUUCCAGAGAGGAUGGCUGGUGGUGGUGGUGGCAUAGGUUCAGUGGGUGCAGCUGGCUCAACUGACUGCAGAGGCAGCAGCACAGCCAUGUCCCACUGGCCUGCUGGGCGCCCAUUCCCACGCCACCUGUAA